CACCAGUCAGUUUUUCGGCACGUGUCGGUGGUUCAACCACAAUUACAAAGACUGAUGCUUUUACGAGGAGGAAAACAAUGACAUAAAUGUCCGCUUUAAGACRUUUCCCUCAGCAAACUUAAAUAGUUUUUGUGUGCCACAAUGAAGUACAUCCUGGUUACUGGUGGAGUAAUAUCUGGUWUUGGUAAGGGUAUAAUUGCCAGCAGUGUCGGAACAAUCCUUAAAUCUUGCGGCCUUCAUGUCACAGCCAUCAAAAUCGACCCCUAUAUCAAUAUUGACGCUGGAACCUUUUCACCUUAUGAGCAUGGGGAGGUGUUUGUUCUUGACGAUGGUGGGGAAGUGGAUCUAGACUUGGGAAACUAUGAGCGUUUUCUUGACGUCCGUCUCAUCAGAGACAAUAAUCUCACCACUGGGAAGAUCUACCAGUCGGUUAUCAACAAGGAGAGGAGAGGAGAUUACCUCGGCAAGACUGUGCAAGUGGUACCCCACAUUACAGAUGCCAUCCAGGAAUGGGUAAUGAAGCAGGCGAGGAUAUCAGUAGAUGAUGAUGGCGUGGAGCCUCAAGUGUGUGUUAUCGAGCUGGGAGGCACAGUGGGGGACAUCGAGAGCAUGCCUUUUAUUGAAGCUUUCAGACAGUUCCAGUUCAAGGUGAAGAGAGAAAACUUCUGCAACAUCCAUGUCAGCCUAAUACCACAGCCCAGCACUACAGGAGAUCAGAAAACCAAACCAACCCAGAACAGUGUCCGAGAGCUCAGAGGCCUGGGUUUGACUCCAGAUUUGAUUAUAUGUCGCUGUACUACUCCUCUGGAAACAUCUGUCAAAGAGAAGAUUUCCUUGUUUUGUCAUGUGGAGCCAGCGCAGGUGAACUGUGUCCAAGAUGUGUCCUCAGUUUAUAGAGUUCCUCUGCUGUUGGAGGACCAGGGUGUUGUUAAUAAUCUGUGCCAGCGGCUGAAGUUACCUGUUGAGAUGAAGCCUGGGAAGAUGCUCCUAAAGUGGAAGGAGUUGGCUGACAGAACUGAUUGUCUCUUGGAGCAUGUUUCUAUAGCCUUGGUGGGCAAAUACACCAAGUUAUCCGACUCCUACACAUCAGUUAUUAAAGCCUUAGAACACUCGGCUCUCGCCAUUAAUCGCAAACUAGAGGUCAAGUAUAUCAACUCUGAAGACUUGGAGACAGCAACUGUAAACGAUGAACCAGUUAAAUAUCACGAAGCAUGGCAGAAACUCUGCAGUUCUCAUGGUGUUUUAGUACCAGGUGGGUUUGGUGUACGAGGGACCGAAGGGAAGAUGCUGGCUAUUAGCUGGGCGAGGAAACACAAUAAACCAUUCCUGGGGGUGUGUUUGGGCAUGCAGCUGGCAGUGUGUGAAUUUGCUCGCAAUGUUCUUGGAUGGCUGGACGCCAACUCCACAGAAUUUGAUCCAGAAACCAAACACCCUGUGGUGAUUGACAUGCCAGAGCACAACCCCGGGAACAUGGGAGGAACUAUGAGGUUGGGAAAGAGGCGGACCAUUUUCAAAUCCAAUACCAGUGUGCUGAGGAAACUUUAUGGAGAUGCUGAAUAUGUUGAAGAGAGACACAGACACAGGUUUGAGGUGAAUCCAGAGCUGAAACACCAUUUGGAGAAUAAAGGACUUCAUUUUGUUGGUGAGGAUGUAGAUGGAGAGAGAAUGGAGGUCAUUGAAAUACAAGAUCAUUGUUACUUUGUUGGAGUCCAGUACCAUCCAGAGUUCACCUCUAGACCCAUUAAACCGUCUCCUCCAUAUUUGGGUCUUCUGUUGGCUGCUGCAGAAAAACUUCAGUUCUACAUUAACAAAGGCUGUACCCUCUCUCCAAGGGACACAUACAGUGACUGCAGUUGUAGCAGCUCUCCUGAUGUGGACAUGGAUGAGCUGAACUUUCCCUCUCUAUAGUUUUGCCCUUUUUUUUUGUUACUCGUGGAAAAAUCCAAGACCCCAGGAAAAAAAAAAUAUCAGGAAAGCCCCUAACUGAUGCUGCAAGACACAAUUUUAUUUUUUUAAGGAUUGUUUAAAUUUAUUUUGAAUAACUUAUUUUUAAGUAUUAAAAGGUUUUAUUGACAGUGUAAAUGAAUGUUAUUAAGUGUUUCAGUGUUUUUAGUUCCUGCAAUAAAAAUAAAAUGGAAGAGAGUUCUCAUGAGCAAACUUGGCCGAUGUGAAAACAGCUGUUUUACAUUAAAAUAUACAAAAGGUUUAUUUAUAAAUGAUGGUCAGGAAUGAUACACAGUGAGGUGUGAGUCAGUAUUUGCAUUCAGGUUUGAUCUUGUGGCACCCAGCUUUCAAAUCACUCAAAUCUAACAUCAGGUUGGACAUUUGUUUCAAGAAUUUGUAAAUAAUUGUGUGUUAAAAUCUUAUCUUAACAUAAUACUAUUUUUCUGCAUUUUCUGUUUAUUAUGAAAUUUUAAUUAAUUUAAUUUUAAUUUUACUCUGACCUGGAUCUGUUUGAGAAUAAACUGCAUAGUUUUUGUAUUUUUGAAGAUUUGCAUGUUGAUUAGACAUUUAACUGGAUGAUUUGGACGCCAUUCAGUCAUUAACAGUGUUAUUUAAGUUAUUGUGUGUGUUGUUUUUUUUUUUUUUUUUUUGUGUAACUGCGUGAUUUAGAAUUCUUUUUGUUAUUCCCUACAACUGAGCUCAUCAGCUCAAAAUGCCUUUCUAGUGUUUGAAACCUUUUGCUUCCUGCAGUUAAAAAAAAGGUUUUGAAACAAGUUGCAAAACCUUGCAACAUGCCUCAGAACUGAGUUAUGUUAAUGCAGUUAAUCUGUUGUAGUUCAGCCAACUACAGCAGAGUCUGCAUACAGUAUGAAAUAGACUAAGUUCUGUUUUUAAAGGUACAUUGUUUAAAGGCUGUAUUAAUCUUUGCAUUUCUGUGUAAAAGAACUGACAACAAUUACAAGUAAUGUUUUUAUUUCCUUGAUCAGCCUGAAGUUGCACAAAGACAUGGGCAGUAAUGGUUUACAUGCUGAUAAUACAAAUGCACAAAGUGACUUUAUUUAUGGUUUAAAUAAAAGUUGAAACGCAUGUUUUAGGCAGUAUGUGAUUUUAUUUUUUAGUACUACUCUGAUGUAGUUAUGCUGAUUGAAGCUUAUAAACAUGACAAGUUCCUGCUAGAGGCUGUAUGUGUUUUGACAUCAAUAAAGUCAAAGUGCACUUCAGAAUAAACAGACCUUUCAUGA